AUUUUAUGCUUAUUAUUGGAGCUUAGUUAUCUUGGAACUUUUGCGGAAGAAUAAGUUAAUUGGUCUCAAAUACUGAAAUUCUUCGAAAUUAAAGAAAUGCCGAUCAUAGAUUUUUUCAAACGUUACCUGCCGAUAGUGAAGGCCGAUGACGGAGAAGAAGAAUUGGUAGAUCCGCAAAAAGUACUUCGUGAGCAAUGUUCUCAAGAAGAAAAAUGCAGCAAUUUACAAAAGAAAUUGACUACAUGCAAUGAUCGUGUUAAUUCAAGAUCCCAUACAGAAGAAACUUGUCUAGAGGAACUUAUUGAUUAUGUACAAUGUGUAGAUCAUUGCGCCGCAAAGACUUUAUUUAGUAAGCUUAAAUAAUUAUAUGGUAUUCCUAUAAAAAGCCAAUGGUUAUUCACAAUGUUAAAGCUUAAUUUCUCAGACAUUGUAUAAAUAUUCAAAUACUAGCAAUAAAAAAUUAACUUAUUAGAGAUAAAAAUUACAUCAAUGUGCAGUCUCUUCAUUAUCUGUAUUUCAAUUCUAUGAGAUAAUUUAACAAAUCUUAAUGUGAACAUGUGUAUACAAUGAAUACAUAAAAUAUCAAUGAUGCACAUACAAUUAUGCACAUACUUUCGAUUCAGUUCAUAUACAUCUGCUUUUCUCUUUCAUAUAAAAAUCAUCGGAAUGAUCUAUUAAUUUUUAUAUAUAAAUUCUUAACUAUGAAGAUUGAAGAGACCCAGUACCCAGCAAUACAUCAAAACAUAUGUUGCAUACACGUACUGGCUUGUUUAAACCAAAUUUCAAAAUCGGCACGUCUUGACCUGAACACUUACUACAUAAAAUUCGCCCACAGUGGCGGCUGAAAAAA